CACAUCAUGAUAAACGCCUCAAAGGUUUCAUACUUCACACUUGCUGCUUACUUCGAGACCGGGACUUUGAAGUAUUUAUGUUUUAUGGUUGUCGUGUCUUUAUAUUUGUCGAUUCUUUGUGCCAAUAUCUUGCUGAUUGUGGUUAUCUGUGUGAACAGAAGCUUACAUGAACCUAUGUACAUGUUUCUGUGCAGCCUGUUUGUAAAUGAGCUGUAUGGUAGUACAGGGCUGUUUCCAUUCCUCCUGAUUCAGAUCCUCUCUGAUGUUCACACUGUUUCUGCUCCUCUGUGCUUCCUGCAGAUUUUUUGUAUUUAUUCUUAUGUGUGUGUUGAAUUUUGCAUCUUAGCCGUCAUGUCCUAUGACCGAUAUCUUGCUAUCUGUUGGCCCCUGCAAUAUAAUACACGUAUGACACCAGACAAGAUUGCCUUGCUCAUUGCACUUUCAUGGUUGUACUCUUUUAUUACCAUUGCUGCAUUGAUUUCACUGAUUGCUCCUCUGCAGCUGUGUGGGAACGCCAUCAACAAGGUUUACUGUUUGAACUACUCCAUUGUGAAACUGGCCUGCUCUGAAACCACAGCAAAUAACAUUUAUGGGCUUAUUAUCACAGUUCUCACAGUGUUUGUUCCAGUUAUUCUGAUCCUGUACACCUACAUGAGGAUCCUUAAAGUCUGUUUUUCCGCUUCCAAACAGACCCGACAGAAAGCCGUCAGCACCUGCACGCCUCACCUCGCUUCUCUGCUAAACUUCUCUUUUGGUGUUUGCUUUGAAGUAAUCCAGAGCAGGUUCAGUCUGAACAGUGUGCACAGCAUGUUGCAGAUUGUUUUGUCUCUGUAUUUUCUAACCUGCCAGCCGCUCUUUAACCCUUUACUGUACGGACUCAAUAUGUCAAAAAUCCGUAGAAGUCUGGUUUCUUACAAGAGCAGAUAA